AUGAGGCAGAACCGGGACCCGAAGCAUCCCCCCUGCCAGAGGAACAGUUCAUCGCGACAGCCGGGGAGAGAGCCCGGAUGCCCAAGUUGGGGAAUGGCGGUCAAUGUGUAUUCUACCUCGAUAACCCAAGAGACUAUGAGCAGACAUGACAUCAUCGCCUGGGUCAAUGACAUAGUGUCGUUAAACUACACGAAAGUGGAGCAGCUCUGCUCAGGAGCGGCCUACUGCCAGUUCAUGGACAUGCUCUUCCCCGGCUGCAUCAGUCUGAAGAAGGUGAAGUUCCAGGCGAAGCUGGAGCACGAGUACAUUCACAACUUCAAGCUCCUGCAGGCGUCCUUCAAGCGGAUGAAUGUGGAUAAGGUGAUCCCGGUGGAGAAGCUCGUGAAGGGGCGCUUCCAGGACAACCUGGACUUCAUCCAGUGGUUCAAGAAGUUCUACGACGCCAACUACGACGGCAAGGAGUACGACCCCGUGGAGGCGCGGCAGGGGCAGGACGCCAUCCCGCCCCCCGACCCCGGCGAACAGAUCUUCAACCUGCCCAAGAAGUCGCACCACGCCAACUCCCCCACCGCAGGUGCAGCUAAGUCCAGUCCAGCAUCUAAACCAGGCUCCACCCCUUCUCGUCCCUCGUCAGCCAAAAGGGCUUCAUCCAGCGGCUCGGCAUCCAAAUCGGACAAAGAUUUGGAGACACAGGUCCUACAGCUGAAUGAACAGGUGCACUCGUUGAAGCUGGCCCUGGAGGGCGUGGAGAAGGAGCGGGACUUCUACUUCGGGAAGCUGCGGGAGAUCGAGCUCCUGUGCCAGGAGCAGGGCCAGGAGAGCGACAGCCUGGUGCAGCGGCUGAUGGAGGUCCUCUACGCCUCCGACGAGCACGAGGGCCCCCCCGAAGAGCCCGAAGCGGACGAGCAGGCGCACGAGCAGCCCCCGCAGCAGGAGGAGUACUGA